UAGCGGUACUUACGGGAGGAGCUGUCCACUCGUGGUGCUGAAGGACUCCGCUCUUCUCUUCAGUGCUGAAACAGCGCACGGCGAGAGUCGGGUGUUUACUGCGAAGCACUGCUUUCAAAUCAAGCAGCUCGGCUCCGCGCAGCUGACUUCAGUUACAUCAGAGCACAUUGACAGAUUAUCAUCAAACCCAGACUGGAUUUGCUCGCACUGUCCUUGGGCUGUUCUUACAUCUCCCAGCUAGUCGUCUACGUUCGCGCUUUGUCACAAAAGUAUUUUAAGCAGUAGCCUCAUUGACGGAGCUCUCCAACAGCAGACAUGUGCACCAAGAGAGAAUAUGGACUUGGCGUGUACACUGUAAUGCUGUUUCUGUCUAGGAUUGCCGGGAAAGAUCUCUACGCUGAGAACAUCAACUCCAUAAGCCGCAAGGGAUCAGAGAGAGCAGCAACGACACAAAAUCCAGAGUGGGAAAUCCGACUUGUGACAACUGCCCCACCUAUCCACUUUCCCAAUCACCACCCUUUUAUUCACGAGAGCUUGCCAAGAAAAGACUUUGACUCAGAAGAUACGGAGACACCACCAGUGGCAAUGCAUGCCAGUAAACUGGCCCAUGAAGAGUCGCUGAUCUUUGUUGACUCUGUCUCAAGCACCACGCCUCCUUCAAAACCUGUUAUUUCAGCAACAUCAACAGGUCCUGCAUCAGAAGAUGAAAGAGUCCAGAUAACCAGAGAGCCCUUUGUGACUUCUGGACAGCUGCCUCUUUUUGACAGUCGUGCCAUGUCUACCAUAGCGUCCACCAGAAGGAGUGAGCCCACAUACUCCACAAGGUCAUCUACUGAACCAGAAGAGCCCAACAUAGGAAAGAGUUCAAAGCCUGUAAGAGAAACUGUGACUGUGGGAGACACUGAUGAAGGGACAACCACCUCAACUAUCAUCACAACCACCAUCAUCACAACAGCGCCUUCACAUGCUCCCUUGUAGCUCAAUUUCACAGGCCUCCAGGGUUACAUCGAAUCACCGAAAUUCACCAGCCUUCUCAGUACUAACAGCUUGGACUGCGUCAGCGCGGUCACAGUCUACAUGGGCUUUGGAGUGGAAAUUCAGGUUCUGAAUGUCAGCCUUUCUGAGGGCGAAAUGCUGACUAUAGAAGAUGUAGGUGUACGGGAGCCGAAUGUCAUUGCCAACGAGUCCAUUCUGAUGAAGGGGUUGGUGCUACGUAGUUCUAGCAAUCAGGUUGCCAUCCACUUCCAGAGCUACCAGCUCUCCAACCCAGGAUACUACCACUUCCGCUACCAAGCAUACAUUUUGAGCUGUGGAUUUCCUCAGAGGCCAACCUACGGAGAUGUUUCUGUCACUAGUCUUCACCCUGGUGGAGAGGCCUAUUUUUACUGCCAUUCAGGUUACCAGCUGCAGGGGGCAUCUUCACUCAUGUGUCUGAAUGCAACUACCCCCUUCUGGAAUGGAAAGGGACCACAGUGUUUAGCUGUCUGUGGUGGCUUUAUGAGAAAUGCCACAGUGGGCCGCAUCAUCUCCCCUGGCUUUCCAAGUAAUUACAGCAAUAACCUAACCUGCCACUGGGUGAUUGAGGCCCCUGAAGGCCAGAGACUACAUCUGCACUUUGAGAAGGUUGCUCUGGCCGAGGAUGAUGACAGACUUUUAAUCAAAAAUGGCAACAACAUUGAUUCACCUCCAGUGUAUGACUCGUACGAAGUGGAGUAUCUUCCUAUUGAAGGAAUCGUCAGUGGGUCAAGGUGGUUCUUCAUUGAACUGACAACUGAUAGCACGGGAGCUUCAACAGGUGUGGCGCUGCGCUAUGAAGCCUUCUCCCGGGGUCACUGCUAUGAGCCCUUUGUAAAAUAUGGGAACUUCACAACCAGUGAUGCCUUGUAUCCAGUAGGAACAGUGGUGGAGUUUACCUGUGACCCAGGUUACACCCUGGAACAAGGGUCAGUCAUUAUUGAAUGUAUGGAUAUCACUGACCCACAGUGGAAUGAGACAGAGCCAGCAUGCAGAGCUGUUUGUAGCGGUGAGAUCACUGACUCUGCUGGAGUGGUUCUCUCUCCCAACUGGCCAGAAGCGUAUGACAAAGGUCAAGACUGCAUUUGGGGAAUACAUGUGGAAGAAGACAAGCGCAUCAUGUUGGACAUUCAAGUGUUGCACAUAAGCAAGAGUGAUGUUCUCACUUUCUACGAUGGUGAUGAUUUGACUGCGAGGAUUCUGGGUCAGUAUGCUGGCACACACAGACGCUUCAAGCUGUUCACAUCCAUGGCCGAUGUCACCAUCCAGUUCCAGUCUGACCCAGCCAGUAACGUGUUUGGCUAUCAGAAUGGCUUCAUCAUCCACUUUUUUGAGGUACCUCGCAAUGACACCUGCCCUGAGCUCCCAGAAAUUUCCAAUGGAUGGAAAACCACUUCUCAUCCAGAGCUUAUCCAUGGCACAGUGGUGACCUACCAGUGCUACCCUGGGUUCGACCUGCAGGGUACUGAGAUUCUCAUGUGCCAGUGGGACCUGACGUGGAGUGGAGACCUUCCUUCUUGUAUGAAGGUGACCACCUGUCCAGACCCCGGUGAAGUGGACCAUAGCCGAAGAGUGAUGUCCAACCCCAAAUUGACUGCGGGGACCACAGUUCAGUACAUCUGCAAUAAGGGCUAUGCAUUGUCAGGGAACAGCCUGCUAACCUGCUACAGCCGAGAUGCAGGAAGCCCCAAAUGGAGUGAGAGACUACCCAAGUGCUCCCCAGAGGUUUAUGAGCCGUGCCACAAUCCAGGCGCCCCAUCAUUCAGCAUUCAGACUACAGAAAAAAGGUUCUACCAGCCUGGAGAGAUGCUGAGAUUUUCAUGUUACAAUGGUUAUCAGCUGGUGGGAGAAUCUGUCUUAAGGUGCAUCCCAGGACAUCCUUCCCAGUGGAGCAGCCCACCACCUGUAUGCCAAGUUUCCAACCCUGAGUAUUUAAAUGAACGCCAAUUAGAUGUUGCCAAGGCAUCAGUACAUGAUCCACUGGAGAAGAGUGGCACUGUGAUGGCCAUACUCAUCCCCAUCACCAUUAUUGUGCUAGCUGUUGCAGGGCUUUAUGUCUACUUCUCAAAGGUUCAGAGGAAAACGUUUCGGUUACAUCUGCCUAGCAGCCACCCAUACAAUCACAUCACAGUGGAGUCAGCCUUUGACAAUCCUAUAUACGAGACAGGAGAGUCAAGAGAAUAUGAAGUUUCUAUUUAAGGACAAGAUACAUCAUACCUGGAAACACAGCCUCUCUGCCUUGUGGAAAUCUCUCAGAACCUGUCAGCUCAAUCACAAUCUCUUCUCUUCAGUUCACCCCCAUCCGUGCAAAUCCUGAGCUGCCUACAAUCCAAGGACUUCUUACCAGGGGUUUGGGGGGUGGGUGUGGUGAGUGGGGGUGGGGGGACAGGCUUCAGGGUUUACUGCACAAACCUGUGCAAACAAGUGAUUCUCUACUUGUGGAUCUUACUUUCAGUCUUGACAUUUUUUGCCUUUCAGAAUGUGUUUUUGAUCUAUACACCCCCUUCCCUUCUUCAUCAGCCUCACAGCAUUAUGGGACAGCUCUUGGAAAGGUCUGCUGCAGGCUGAGCCCAGAGUGAAAAAUGAACUGUGUACCCUGCUUCUUAACUUUCCUCUGCCACUUAAGGCCAGGUUUCAAGUGAGCUUCUCCAGCUUUCCAGAGGCUUCCACUGGUGACAAGUGCUUAUCGGCACAAACUGACCAAAGGUGCAAAUACCUCCAGAGUCGUAUGACACAUGGCAUGAAACAACAACAUACGUACAGUAGCUCUAUAGUCUGCAUUUAUUCCUAUGCUGUGUCAUUCACUCCACAGCACACAUCAGUUUUUUUUUUUUUUUUUUUUUAUUACUAGAUGUUUGCAAAGAUGGAAAACUAAGCAAGAACACAGUGAGUUGAGACUAUGGACUUGUCAGAGAUAAUGUGCCAAGGGUGGGGUGUGACAGAGUUUUGCUGCAGCCCUACAUUAGUAAACAUCUAUAGCCUGUCAGCAACAGGAAGAUCCUCAGCAGUUUCAUUUCCUGCAGGUGUGUGGUGUUCAGAGGAACUGCCUACCUUAUUCUUUUAUAUUUUUAUUUAUGUAUUUGGAUUUUUGUCCAAAGUUGCUAUCAAAAUACCAGCCUGAUGCAUGAGAAAUUAAGUAUCAUACCGUCUACCUUGAACCCUUCUUCCUGUCUUGGGACAAAAGAUGCACAUGCACUGCUAGGUCGUUUGGAGAGCAGCAGCUUAAAUGUAAUUAUUUAUUGUGAUCUCGGACCAGAAUGUAACGGCAGCUGCCAGAAAUGAGACACCAGCUUUGCAGCACUGCUAUUUCAAGGCUGUUUCUUUAUUCAGCAUUGUCUUUUUAAUGCAGUCAGGACACAUUAGCGAUACCUCGUUCAGAUUUCAUUACGAUUUUGCUUCCUAAUUGUUGACCAAAUUGUACUUCCAAAAAUAAAAAGAAAGUUCUAAUUAAUUAGUAGGUGAGCACAAACAAAGAGGGUCCCAGAACAAUAAAAAACACCGACAUCUGCGCCUGUCCCUAUUCCUAUAUAUACUGUGAAAUGUUUUUGAAUCUACAAUAUCAAAAUCGAUCAGGAGAACACUAAUUGUGGUAAGCAAUAAUUUUACUCAAAAUUGUUUAACUGAAUUUGGGAGUGUGAGACAGAGAUCAGUUCAUAGUGUGAAGAGUGAAGGUAAUGAAAAGUGAGCAACCAGAAUAUACUUUCCUAAACCUUUAUAGUGAUGUGUGAUAGAGUACCAGAUGAUCUUGACUACUGUGCAGUACUUAGAAAAUUUUGACUCAUAACCCCAACACCUUCUGUAUAUGAAGUGCAUAUUCAUAAAGGAUAGGUGGGUAUAAAACAAUAUUUAGUUACACCCGUUUCGACACAGUGGACAAACAUACCUUUGUUUGUGUAAUUACAGCCAUAAGAAACACACCCCAGGACCACUGCUAGAGAAUAAGUAAAUUAGGCAACUUUCGCUGUGACAAAAACAGACAUUAAAGCUGCAAUUGUAUUAUUUCAAAUCAAGAUCUUUGGGUAGAAGGCAUAACUAUAAUAGCAGAGGUGUUCUCUAUGCUGUCAGGGUGUACAAAUUGGAGAUGUCGUGGCACUGACAUUCUGCCAGCUUUGAUACAAUGCUUACGUACUCUGUAGAGAGAGAAGUGCUGUUUAGAUUAAAAAGGAUGAAAUCUAACAAAUCACCAGGACCAGAUAACAUUUAUCUAAGAGUGCUUAAGGAGGUUAGUGAGUAUAUAUAGAAAACAUUGACACAUAUUUGUAGAAAAUCUCUAAAAUACUAGAAGCUUGCAGAUAUUAUUCUGUUGUAUAAAAAGAGGAUUGGGCUGAUCCAGGUAACUACAGGCCAGUAAGUUUAACAUGCAUCAAAGGUAAAUUAAUGGAAGGAGUUGUUAAGAAAAUAUUGAGCAUCUCAUGGCAAGAACUGGAAUGUUACUCAACAGUCAACAUGGGUUCAGACGGGAAAAGUUGUGUUGAAAUUCAAUGAGGAAGCAACAAAAACAUACAAUAAGUGCAUAUAUUAUUUAUCAUGACUUUCAAGACUUUUAAUAAAGUACAACAUGAAUGGUUAGAGAUGAAACUAAAAUAAGUGGGAAUUGAAGGUGCAGUGUGCAAAAUUGGCUCAAACACAGGAACCAAACAGUUAAGACAUGAGGAACCUUUUUAGAGAUACAGUAAGUGAUGUUAAAAGUGGUGUCAGGGGUCAGUGCUACAGCUGCAGCUCGUUUUAAUACAUAUACCGUAUACAUAAUAUAUACAUAAACGAUUUACACAAGAGUAUAAUCAAUCAUCUAGUUAAUUUUGCAGAUGAUACCAAACUAGGUGGAAUUGCAGAUGAUGUAAAAUCAGCUAAAUUGUUACAAAAUCACUUAAACAGUAACAAGUUUAGGCAGGUUUGUGGAAGAUGACAUUUAAUGUAAAUAAAUGUAAAAUAUUACACGUGAAUUGUAAUCAAAUCUAAGAAAAAUGUUAGAUUUGAAUACACAAUCGGAGGUGUGAAACUUGAAAGUACACCUUAUGAGAAAGAGGUGGCGAUCAUAAUAGACUCAGCACUGUCUACAUCAAGGCAGUGUGCAAAAGCUACCAAGAAGGCCAGUAGGGUGUUAGGUUACAUAUCACAAUGUUAUGGGAGAUUAUGCUUCAGUUAUAUAACACACUAGUGAGACCUCACCUGGAGUGCUAUGUAAAAUUACAAAAAAAAGAUGUAGCAGCACUGGAGAAAGUCCAGAGGAGAGUAACGAGGCUUACUUCCCGGACUGACAGGAAUGAGCUGUUAGGAGAGACUGAAGGAUAUGAACCUUUUCACUUUAAGCAAACACAGAUUAAGAGGUGACAUGAUUGAAGAGUUUAUCAUUAUGAUGGGAAUUACUGUAGUAAAUCCCAGUUGUUACUUUAAAAUAAAUUCUUCAGCAAAAUAUUAGAACACAGUUAGAAACUUGCUAAAGACAGAUUUCGCACAAAUGUUGGUACGUUUUUCUUCAUGCAAAGAACCAUAGACAUACAGAAUAAUUUACCAAGUGAGAGUAGGACCUUCAAAUCACGACUUGAUGUAAUUUUGGACAAUCAAUGUGAAUAGCAUGGAAGAGCUUGUUUGGAUGAAUUGCCUGUUCUUGUCACAACUAUUCUAAAGUUCUUACAGUGUAAUGGUAUGUUUAGUUUGAAUCAGCUUCAACUGUUUCCACAACUGUAACAUAUGAUACAUGCACCCCACUAUGUCCCAUACAAGUACUGUUCAGGGAGCUACAAUACCAGGCUAGAAGCUGUCACAGCACACGCUCACACAUUUCCACACACACGCACACACACACUGACCCUUUUCUGCGGAUUGCCAUUUACCUAACAUGCUUAUGUUUGGAAUGCUGGAGGAAAGCCAAAGGAACACACACAGAAUGUGAAAACUCCACCCAGACAGUAAGCAGUCCAGAAAUCCAGCUGAGGUUUCUGCAGCUGUGAGGUGGCACCACUAACCGCCAAGCCAUCCAGCAUAAGCGAAGUGAAUGGUGUAACAGGAUUGCAGCUUUUAUUCACUAAGGGCAGUUAGUGUGCCUUAGGGGUUUACGUUUUGGACUGUACAAUGGUAACUCUUCAAAGACAGUUGUAUUAGACUUCCAACAUUUGUGUAAAUGUUUCUGAACACUAUUGGACAUGCCAGUGCAGCUUGCUUAAGCUGUCCUUGUUUUUAAAAUGCUGCCUAAAACAUUAUUACAUGUUGACACUUGAUAGCUUAUGCUGUUUUCCAUGUAUUGUAGUAUUCUUCAGUUAAAUUAAACUAACUAAUGAAAAACUACUGAAAAACACAUAAAACUAUCAAUUUUCUAACGCUGCUGUCAAUGGUGCAGUCAUCCAUAAUCUCUUAUGGUAACUGCUUUCCAGAGAGCACCGGAUGUGUGGAGACUUUGAUGCAGAAGCCUAAUGAGCCCCUAAAAUGAAAUGCAAAGUACUGGAAGAAAACAAUACCAGUCUGGGAUUUGAACCGGGAUCCCUUAAGCUAUUAGAAAGCAGCAUCUCACUCUGCUGCUGAAAACUAAAAAUAUGGUUUUGACAAAUGUCCUGGUUUUAAUUAUUUCAUGUGAUAUAUGCACUAUAGAACUUACAUACUGUAUGCGGCAAAGUGCUCAAGUAUUCCUUUGACCACAGAGUUAAAAUUGUCUCCAGCAGUGGAGUGAUAAACAAAUAGCAGCCCAGAGUUCCUCGCAGGGAAAAGGAAAGAGAAACCCAAGCUCUGCAGAGCUGCACGUAGUGCCUGACAGUUGUUAUUCUAAAGUUCAGCUACUUUAUUUGACCUCACUGUUUGCUUCAUUGGAGUGAUAAACUUCUCAAACAUAAUGAGAAAAUGUAAGAACAAAUGGAAAGGUGAAAACACCAACAGUUUGAUUUGGUUCUUCUUUAAAGUUGAAUGCUGCAAUUUACCCCUUAGAAAUACUUCACUACAUUUGGUCACUAUAUAUGGUGACACAAAAAAACAAAAAUGGAUUAACUAUAAAGCAAAUAAGGAGCCCUUUAGCAGGAUAUGAGAAACAGGCUAACUGCCGUCCAUCAGUGCUGUAAUAUCUUCUCCAAUACUCGUUUGCUUUGAAGGAAUACUCCACAUAUAAACACUAUUUUUUUAAUGUUACUUACCACAUGUAAUUUGUACCAGUGGCCACGAGAAAUGUUUAAUAUCAUGUUUUCAUGCAGAACAAGAGAAAGCCAAAGUUUAUGAUAUGGCGAUCAAUAUGAACAACAGCAAAUAGUACCAAAACGUCCAUGAAAAAAUCUCACAUUACUCAUGUUGCAUAAUCCACAAGUCAUCCAAUCAUAUGCUCACCAUGUCCCCAACUCACAUAUUUUACUAAAAUAUUGUUAAAUAAGCCACUUCAACAAAAUGCUCUUGUGAACUAAAAUGCAAUGCUCUCAGUUGUGAACAAGCAUUUGAAUUGAAGGUCCGCCUCCCUGCCUCAUUCAUUGGUCAUAAGUCCCAAUAACAGCUUAUUCAUUGGCUAACACUGCGUUUGUGUUAUAGCAAUUCACUGAAUAUGCAGCUAAAUAUUAAAAGUUAAAGAGAAGCCAGUGGAAAAAUUAGGAUGGGAAUAUGCCUCGGACUUGUGUGUAUCUGAGAUGCUUGAACAAGCGGAAGGCCAGUUCGCCUGUGUGGUUUCACAGCCUGCCACUACGUAAUCCUAAGCCACUCCAGCUGUGGCUCUAAAUAUCAAAGUAAUGACAGGAGGAGGGUCUACCAUUCAAACAGCCUCAUUCUCAUCUGAGGGCGCUCUGUUUUUACUCUCAUUUUUCAAAAGUGGUUUUGUCUGUAAAAAUACAUGUGUUUGGGAGGUCGUCGGCAUACGCCUGGAUGACUUGACAUGAGGGUAACGCGACAUGAGAUUUUUUCCAUAGGCUUUUUGAUAUUGUUUGAGGUUGUCCAUCUUUAGUCACCAUAGACUGCUUUUAUAUCAGAAAUAUCACUAAAAACCACAUGGUUUAAGUAACUUAUAAAAAAUAUGUCAUUUUUGGAUGAAGUAUUCCUUUAAUAUUUGAAAAGCAUGAGACAAUUUAUGGCUGUACAUUAAAGCUUCAAUUUUUUUCAAAGAAAUGAAAAAAAAUGUAUGAAGUGUUUUAGUGAACAGAGAAGCUGAAUGAAAACUGACAAUCCACUGGGGUGUUGCUGAGAGUGAAUGGUGCUGCAAACAAUGAACCUCCAUAAGUAAACCUACUUUAAACUGUUCUUUGCUGCAAGGCCCUGACCUGCAGUCCUCAAAAGUACACAAAUGAACAAACCCAAAUCAAAUUUCUCUCCAUAUAAAGUGAUCAAAUGUCUGUCCGUUUGGCCUCUGUGCCCUUUCCCAUGUGUAAUAUCACCCAGCGCCCACAAGAGGGCAUAAGAUAGCAAAAUGUUUAAGUGUGUCUGGGUGUCACAUCCUUUGGCAUUCACAACGGGGCUAGAAUAUCCGAUUGAAGAAGGCAGCAAGAUAAACAAAGUAAGAGGGACGUACGGCAUUUCUGGUGAACAGAGGUUUGUAAAUGCAUGAUGCGACUGAAGCAGAUGGACUUGCCAUUGUAUCGUUUUAGUAAACACCGGUUUGUUAUGCUAAUGUUCAUUCAUUGUUUCCAAGCUAGUUUAAUAAUUACCCAGGACUAUUCCAACUAGAGCUUAAAACAACACAGGAAACUACAGAAGAGUGGCAGGCCGUGCAUAAAUGACACAUAGUGUGGUGAACUUAACUCUUGUCACUGGAAGAAAUGAAUAAAUAAAGUGUGUGUUCUCAUUGCACAUCUCUAUAAGAAGAGAAUGAGAAUGAAUAAAUAUAUUUAAAUAAUUGCCUUUGCUUACUCUGUCAGUUGAUUUCAUACUAAAGACUGUCUUAGCAGGGAAACUGCUGCUUAGGAACAUCAAAAAGAACAGCUGCAUCUUCUUUACAGGAUGUGGUUCAACCUUAGUUUAACAGAGUGAUAGAAUUAUUGAUGAAGUGCUGUCAAAGACAAGUUCUGAAUUAAUGGCAGUGCAGAAAGUAUUGAGUCGCUUUCAGCAUUACGGAGCUGUGCCUCACACGAAUGCUCCUUUUCAAUAAGAGCACGGAGGCGAGUUCCUCCUCGAGUAGCCAGUUGUAAACACGAGGCUUGCUACGACAGGCCAUGCAUUCUUUGAUAGUCCACUUUGGCUGGGAUUGCACUCCUGAGAAAUGAGGUCAUGCAAGUGGGUCACGUUAAAUAUUUGCACGUGUAGACUUCAAAGUCAAACGUUUACUUCCUAGUGCAAACCUGAACUAGACACAUAGCCAGCCUGGGCUUCACAUCACAGGGGACGGUUGUGCUGUGAGGACCACCUGCAAGUGUGUAGGGAUUGUGUCUGCCAUGACACAGUUUUGAAAUGUGCUGUGAAUGCGUGACCUGAAUGAUAAAUCCAGUUUAGGAUUAUGCUCAGGAGAUGUGUGUGUGUUUGAGUCAUUCUGGGUGAUAUGCUGGUAGUGUGCAAAGUCAAGUAUAAUGAGAAAGCCAUGUUUGAAGGGUUUACAAAGAAAGUGUUUUCUCUUUUAAUUACUAAAGCUUCUUCCAUUAUUUAAGAAUUGACAGUAAAAGUGAUUAGGGUUGCUGCAGCUUAAGGCCACUGAUUUGUGAAAUGGAAGCAAAUACCAAAAGCUCAAAAAAAUUUUUUUGAAAGUGGCUCUUCUUUCCAUUGUAAUUACAGAACAUUACGCUUGUACUUUUUGGAAAAUUUUCACUUUUCAAGUUUCAUUGUUCUAGUACAGCUUACUUGGAUAGGCAUACUCCCCAUCUGAAUAUUCUAGAAGAAGGAAAACUGACCUUGCAAUCCACGCACUGGGCUGCUCAGAAAACAUGGAGUUAGCGGUAGAGAGUGUGUUCUGGACUGAAUGACCAGCUAUUUCAAGGUACAUCUGUAUAUUUCAGUAUUCUCUAACUAGCUGUGGCUUGAAGAGUGUUAGAGCCUGUUUUGAAAACCAGAAUUCUUGUCCAAUAUUUUCAUAAAACUCUCAAUCCACAUUUGGGACAUCAUAAAAAAAUGUCUUGAUUUUAAGCAAAUGGCAAGCCCUAUGUACAAUUUAAAUUUACUAUUUAAGAUGUCACUUUAUAGCCUAAUGUAAAACUAUCAUUUUCGUUUUUUUUUGUCACUAAAACAAAAGGUACAUUUCAAACUGUGUGACCAUAAUAGCUAUGUAAAAUAUCCAAGUUAUGAAACGUGUAUUAAUUUGAAAGCACCUUGAGGUUAAAGUAUUCUGUUAAAUUAAAGAAAUAUUUUUUUUUAACCAAA